AUGUCCUCAAAAUGGUGGCUUCCGCGUCUUUCCUUCUUUCAAUCACUCCGCCAGUCUCAUUAUACUCUUCCUGUGCGCCCGGAGUUUCUGGCUUCAUCUUCCUUCCAGUUUGUUAAUCCUCGCCAUCAUAUAACAGCCACGGAUAAUAUCACUCAGGUGUUUCCAGAGUCUGUGGUUGCGGGGCUAAGCGACGAGGAAGCACUAGCGUUAUUCACUCGUGGGUUCUUUGGCGGCUUCGUCUUUGGGUUCGAGAGGUCUAUCCUACGAAUGGGAGGUUGGAAUUUGCUGCCAGCACGGUAUACAGGUUUCCAAGGAGAUCCACAUGCAUCCCAGAUCUGGAAUCCUUCAAAGCUUCCUCAAAGUCACCUUCUCCCCGUUGGCAGCUCCCUUUUCGGGUCAUUCAAAGUGAUGGAUAAGCAAAUAGCACCGGAAUCAUCGGACCUGCGGGCCAGUUACGUGGAUUAUGGGUUUGGCUCGGACGAGUUCACCUUCGCAGGCUGCCACCGUUUCCAAAUCACUCGAUCACCGCGCAUAGGCGCCGAACCCCUGGUGCAGUUCGAGCUACAGCAUUUCCGUUGUAAUCCUCAAAAAAACGAACCAUCAGGGGCAGAAUACAUCGCAUGGUUUCAUUAUGCUUAUGCGAAGGCGCUGUUUGCGAAUGCAGUCCAGUGCAUUCUACUGCGGUAG